AUGCGUGAAGACGCCAACGAGACAUCCAUCAGGGAGUCCCUUGGCACAACCCCCAAGUCACAGGAUGACAAAGCCAAAGCCCAAAAGGAGAAAGAGAAAAGAGCAAGAGCCAAAGCAGCCGUUGCGUCCAACAAAGGUGGAGAAGCCGCGGCCGCAACCGAAGACCCUUCCAUUGCUCUCCCCGGCACUUGCAACCGCGGCAAAGAUUGCCCGUACUCGCAUGACACAGCCAACGCGCCGAAGUCAAAGUCUUCGAGUGCGCCCGCUGCCGCAGCAGCCACUGCGACUGUUGCGUAUGUCCUGCCAGGUGCCAAUGCCACUUCUGUCACCGACACAGCCUCCGUGUGUGGCCAGGGGUUACCCCAACCACUUGUGCCACCUACUGCGCCAGUCUCAAAUCCCAUGCCGGAUCUGGAGCAAGCUUGCCCUGAUAUCACAAGUUUGAAGGCUAACGUGUCUAACCUCAAAGGUGCCGAAUCCACUUUCCUCGCGCGUAGUGGGUUGAAGGCAUUCUUUAAGUGGUUUUCGGGUUGGUUUACUGUUCUUAGUUCGACUGCAAUGCCUGCUGUUUUGCCAAAGGCUACAGAGGUAGCAUUGCCAGGGUAUCAACCAGGACCCUUUCAGCUCGAGUGGAUUGCAGAUUCCGGAGCUGGUCGAAACCUGACGUCUCUCAAAGCACUUGAGCGUCAAGGGAUUCCGCCUGAUGUGGGCCUUCAAGCUUCGCAGGCAGAUCAACCCAUCCAGUUCUCCACAGGCAAUGGCGUUGUCACAUCGCACGAGGUUUUGACAUGUGAGGGCCAAGACUUCGGCCGAAACACAGCAUACCUCAUGAACGAUUGUCCUGUAGUAAGGUCUAUGGGUGAGUUAGUAAACGGUGGUCAGUUGCCAUUUCUGUGGCUUCCCGGCCAAUUGCCCUGCUUUCUCAAAACCAGUGACCACGUGCAAGCAGACCUUAGUGGGGCUUUGUUUGCAGACCGUGUUGAAGGGAAUGUGCCCAUUUUCAAGGAACAGGUUUCUUUUGCUGUUGCUGCACAUGCGCCGCCCGUUAAGGCAAGCGCUCCUUCUCCACCUCCGUCUCCUGUGCCAGCUCCCGGCGAGGGCCCCGCAGAGCCUCCUGGUCGAGCGCCCCCAGAAGGGGAAGUUCAGAAGCAGACUCUGAUGCUGGAGAGGAGCCAUUGUCCAAAGACGUGCGCCUUGUACGCGAAGCUGCCUCUUUAG